UUGUCGAACGACAUGUCCUCCGAAAACACAGAGCUCACACAGACACCCCUGCUCAAGAUCUGGGUGCCGUGGAUGGAUGUCUCUCAUGUGUCUCUCAGUCAGAGGAGAGGCUCAUCACGUCCCCAGUUUACAAACUCCCCCACUAUGAUUGUGAUGGUGGGACUGCCAGCCAGAGGAAAGACGUACAUCUCCAAGAAACUCACACGCUACCUCAACUGGAUUGGUGUCCCAACCUCAGUCUUCAAUUUGGGUCAGUACCGCAGAGAGGCAGUUCGGUACAAGAACUAUGAGUUCUUCCGUCCAGACAACGAAGAGGCCAUGAAGAUCCGGAGGGCCUGUGCUUCGAAUGCCCUUAAAGAUGUCCACAAUUACUUUAGCAAGGAGCAGGGACAAGUGGCAGUAUUUGAUGCGACGAACACCACAAGGGAGAGACGGGGAGUCCUCAUCAGUUUUGCCAAGGAGAAAGGAUACAAGGUGUUUUUCAUUGAAUCAAUUUGUGAUGAUCCAGAAAUUAUAGAGGCAAACAUUAUGCAAGUGAAAUUAAGCAGUCCUGAUUAUGAGAACUGUGACAAAGAGGAGGCUCUGGAGGAUUUCCUUAAACGCAUCGAGUGCUACAGGUCAUCUUACGUCCCUCUGGAUGAGGAGAAAGACAGGCACCUCUCCUUCAUCAAGAUAUUUAACGUCGGCUCGCGGUACCUGGUGAACCGUGUACAAGAUCAUAUCCAGAGUCGCAUUGUUUACUACCUCAUGAAUAUUCAUGUCACCCCACGCUCCAUCUACCUGAGUCGGCAUGGGGAGAGCGAGCUCAACCUUCUGGGCAGAAUUGGGGGAGAUUCUGGGCUAUCUUCACAAGGCAAAAAGUACGCCAGCACCCUGGCAGAGUUCAUCCGGAGUCAGAACAUAAAGGAUCUGAAAGUGUGGACCAGCCACAUGAAGAGGACCAUACAAACAGCUGAGGCAUUGGGUGUGCCCUAUGAGCAAUGGAAGGCCCUCAAUGAAAUUGACGCUGGUGUGUGCGAGGAAAUGACUUAUGAGGAGAUCCAGGAACACUACCCAGAAGAAUUUGCACUGAGAGACCAAGACAAGUACCGUUACCGCUACCCGAAAGGCGAGUCCUAUGAGGAUCUGGUGCACCGGCUGGAGCCAGUCAUCAUGGAGCUCGAGAGACAGGAGAAUGUUCUAGUCAUAUGUCACCAGGCAGUUAUGCGUUGCCUGCUGGCCUACUUUCUGGACAAAAAUUCAGAUGAUUUGCCUUAUCUCAAAUGCCCUCUUCAUACAGUGCUCAAACUCACACCAGUGGCAUAUGGUUGUAAAGUCGAAUCCUUUUACUUAAACAUUAAGGCUGUCAACACACACAGAGACAAACCUGCGAACGUGGAUGUCACGAGGGAUCCAACAGAGGCAUUACAGACCGUUCCGGAGCAUAUUUAAUCUGAGCUAAAAAC